CAGCCUUGGACUCCAAAGGAAUUUCUGUCCUGUGUGUCAAGUGGUGGAUAUAAAGAAGGAAGAGCCAUUUUUUAACUUAGAAGUUGAGCAAAAAGGUCAAGCAAGAACUAAGCAUACCCAGGCAUCUGACAUAAUAGUUAUCCAUGAUGAUGACUCUGAAGAAUCCAGUGAUGAAUGUGAGCCCUUGGAAACAUCCAUCUUAUCAGCAGAAAAGAAUCCUGUGAUCGAUAUUGAUGAUCCUUUCAAAUCUAUAGAAGGAGAGGAGGACCAAGAAGGUACUUGCUCACCAUAUCAGACUGCACUAGAUGUUGAGGAACAAGCCGAAGCAAGAAUUAACCAUAACCAGGCAUCUAACAUAAUGGGCAUCAGCAGCAAGGACGCUGAAGAAUCUAGUGAUGAAGACGAGCCCCUAGUCUUUGACCAAGCACUAGAAACUGAGCCUGUGAUCAGUAACUAUGACUCUUCAGAAUCAAGUGAAAGAGAGGACAUCCAAGAAGCCACUUGCUCACAACUCCAGACUGCACCAGAGGAAAAGAGAAGACACAUAGAUAGUGUUAAUAGUCUCCAAAGAGAGAGAAGGAGAGGUAGACCUAGAACCAACGUUCCUCUGAGUGACAGAGGCCCAGAGAAAAGAUACCGACGAACAGUUUCGAGAUUUCCCAGAGAUAAAAAUAUGAACUUUCAACUUCCCGAACUUCCUGUGACCUGUGGUAAGCUGAAGGGGAACCUAUACAAGGAGAAAUUGAAACAAGGAAGCUCAGAGAAGUGUAUACAGAGUGAGGAUGGAAGGUGGUUCACCCCCAGGGAAUUUGAAGUGGAAGGAGGCUGUGCAAAAUUCAAAAACUGGAAGCAAAGUAUACGCUGCGGUGGAUAUCCCCUGAAACACCUGAUAGAGAAUGGAGGUCUACAACCACCACCAAGAUCAAGAAAAGGGCGGAGAAUACUGAAGUCUCACAACAAUACCAUAGCAGACCCUUAUCAGAAAAACUCCAAUAUAUGUAAGGUGUGCAGAAAAUGGGGAAAGCUGUUCUGCUGUGACACCUGCACAAGAUCCUUUCAUAAGAACUGCCACAUCCCACCUGUGGAACCUGAAAGGGAUCCGUGGAGUUGCAUCUUCUGUGAGAUGAAGGCUAUCCAAGAAAGGUGCCCAGAAAGCCCGCCACGUCAUCAGGAAUCUGAGGUCCUGAUGAGACAGAUGCUGUCCGAGGAACAGUUGAAAUGUGAGUUUGUCCUCUUGAAGGUCUAUUGUGAUGCAAAAAGUCUCUCUUUUGAGUCAGAACCAUAUCAUAGAGGUAGGUCUCAGGGUCCAGAAAAGCCCAUGUGGUUAAACAAAGUCAAGGAAACCCUGAACGAGAAGAUGUACCUCCAGGUGAAGGGAUUUGUGGAGGACAUGCGCCUCAUCUUUCAGAACCACAAGGUAUUUUACAGGGACAAAAAAUCCAUCAGACUGGGACUUCAAGUAGAAAACACCUUUGAGAAGAAUUUCAAAAAAAUUUUUGCAAUUCAGGGAACAAGCAGGAACAAUUUUUGAUUUGAGCCCAUAUCAUGUUAACUCAGCCCAUUUUCACGCCCUCCCUUGGGACUCUUCAGCAGCUUGGGGCACAAAGUGCUGGUGGUCCCCCUAAUCUCUGUACAUUCAUGUGCAAUCACCAUAUCACUCUCCUUUUCCAAAUUUUUCUCAUUGCCAUUCCUGGUCAUUUAAUUGUAAUAAAUCAAAAUGGAAAUUGUC